AUGGCGCCGGCGCCAGAGAGUGUGGUGAAAUUCGUGGAGGGGACCAAAGAGCCGAAAGAGGCCAAUGAGGCGAAGACCGAAAGUGACGAGCUCAUCAACGAGAACAAGAACCAGUCCACUGGGACUCUUCCAGAGAAGCCAGUUCGACUCUACAUCAAUCGCGAGGACAACCAUCUUGGUCACUUGGAGGUGUACAGCUACGAUCAUGUCGGAUUGCUCUUCAAAAUAUGUGAGCUGUUAACCAGCCAUGGGGUGGAUAUAUGCAGUGCAGCAAUCAAUACCGAGAAUGGAGUGGUUUACAACCAGUUCACGGUUCGGAUUGCACGUCCUUCUGACACGGCUGCUUGUGUGGAAUGGUGCAGAGACUUAGAGGAAUUGCUGGAGAAGACGAGAGGCCCUGCCUUUGAUAACUCCUUGGCAGCUGUCUCGAAAAGGCUCUCAGUCAAUCCUGAUCUGGUGAGUGUUGUGACUUUUUUGGAGCUGCCUCCUCAAAGGGAUGAGCUGUGCUACAAAUUGGUCCUGGAGGGCAUCAACCAGGCAGGCUUGCUGACCUACACGGCUUUGGUCCUGUUCCGAUGUGGCUUCAGCAUCUCAACUGCAACCAUCUCCACAACGGAGGGCCACAUAGUUGACACCUUUGAGCUCACUACAAAGAAUGAAGAAGCGGAAAGCUUGCUUCGCUCAUACUUGGACGUUCCCAUGCCAGCAGGCCAGCAAAACACCAAGGAGCUUAUGCCUUUGCCCUUUCAUGCGACCGAGUCUGAUAAGGACUUGCAGGUAACCACCGAUGACGCAAUGCGAAAGGGGCUUGAUGAGACUCUGCGCCGUGGGCUUGUGCGUUGUUGCUAUCGGCUACUUGCAGAUGUUGCUGCAGCAGGGCCACUCUUGGGCAGCGCUGAGCUGUUAGAAAGCGGUCAACUUCUUUCAAAAGGUGAAGAGCCGGAGUGCUUCAACUUCAAUUUGUACAGUGGUGCAAAGAAUUGUCCCUCCAAUCCAGAGAUGCUCACGGCCAUGUACUUAGCAAGGGCCAAGCCAUCCACAAAAGCAGCACGUCAGUUGCGUCGCUGCUUCGCGGCUGCUGGAGCUCCAGUGAUGUUUGAUCGUGCCUACCAUCCGCGGUAUCGAGAUGAUGGAUGCAAGGGAGUGCAGGAGAUGGAUGGUUUCUCAUCCUUGCCAGGAUGGCGCCGGACUUUGACCAUGCAGCUGUUCGAGUUGGAGAUGCCUGACCCAUUCCGACCACGAGAAAUCUUGAAGAUCACGGCACCUUUGCCACAGGAAUGGCUUGCAAUCCAUCCUUUGCCGGAGAUUGAGUACUGGCAAGACGACGGGGACGAUUUCUUCUGA